GAGGAAGUGCGCGCUUUUCUACAAGUUGUUCGUUACGUUUGGAUAUUUUCAGUGUGAUUGGAUUUUGUGCCCAACAACUGCUUGACCGGCCGGCUGCGAAUUUGGAACGAAAAACAGUGAGACGAAUGUGCGUGGAGAAGCAUGAAAAGAAACGGAAGAAAUACGAAGAGCCCGCUUAAUUUUUGAAAAACACAAGAAACGGUUUAGGGCUUACCAAAAGCCCAUGUGAAAAAUGUUAUUGUGUAUAUAUUUUUCACUAAUAUCGCAAGGCGAUGUAAGAACUGCUCAUAACCGAAUUGGCAAUUAAGACACACAUAAAAUCAUUUUGCUCUUUUAAUCAAAUAAUAUUCACAUAUCAACACAAAGGAAAAUGUUAAAUAAUGGCAAGCUGUGAUUAAGAACGACUUUGAGCGCAGUAAAGAAAAUCAAAUUGGACAAAUAUAUGUGAAGGCAAUGUACGAAUGUGGCGAAAAAGACAAUGCAAAUAAGCUUAAGAAGUAAAACAAUUGUACAUGCCAAUACGUUUUUGUGAGUGUGAAGUUGCGAUUGUGUUCUUUUGUUUAGCACCAGCUCCACCGGGCCCCCUCGUCAUGUAAACGGUUCCGUUAAAUGUACAUACGCUCUUACGGAACGUCACAUAUUUGUUCAGAACAACUAAAUAGUGGAGUUGUUGAUUUAAGUAAAUUGCAACAUAAAGCAAAGUACAAAAAAGCGGCAAAUCGGUGUUUGAUAGAAACUUUAAAAAUGUUCGAGCUGGAGGAUUAUUCAAGUGGCUACCACGAUGCAAUUCUUAAUAAGUACGCUGAAACAUCGCGACCGACAUUGGAUCUAUAUAUCUCAGACUCGUUGCAGGACAUGCUGGAUGUCGACAUUCGCAGCGAGAUUUCGAGUGUAGUGGGGGGAAGCAAUGAACUCGCUUCCCUGGUCAACGAUCUGCCGUCCUCUUUUGAUCACGCUAUCGACGCAAUUUCUUCCAUACACAACAGUAGUGGUAGUAAUUUAAACGCUGCUGCGUUAUCUUCCUCUACAAAUAGCUUUUCCUCUUGGUUGGGAAACAUCUCAGGGCCGUCAUGGUCAUCAUCGAACGAUUACUAUGUCGAUUUGGGUGCUUGUGUGGAUCCGGUGUCCGUAAUGCCAUAUGUAUCCUCAUCAUUGCUACAUAAAUCGCCGAAAGUAAAUUUAAACGCGAAUAGUUUACAGAAUUCCGUAUGUUCUCCACCACCCGCGUCACCGAACGUAAACGAAACCAAAUCACAUUUAACAUUUUCACCUGCCCAAUUAAAAGUUAGCGCCGGUGCGAUGCGCAACGAGCAGCUUUAUUCACACAUACCAAAGCAGAUAGUGGCGAUUUCAUCAACAGUGACAGCCGCCACUACAGCGCCGGCCACACUGGCGACGAAUUCAGCGCUCCAGCGCAAGAAUUCAAGUGCGGUGGAUACGAUCAAAAAGGAUUUAGGCGUCGAAUUGCGCAAGCUGACCACCACAACGACUGAUGAGAACAGAAUGAGUGCCACAAGUAACAGUAGUGGAGGAAACGUGAACACUAAGCAGACUGCUAAUGGCACCACAAAAAGCACUAGUAGUGGAAGCAGUAACAUUAGUAGUAGUUUGCUAAACUCAAAUGGCAUGCUGAAUAGCACGACGACGAAUACCAUUAAGCUGGCACCCGGUAUUGGUGGUCUUACUUUUGCCAAUAGCAUCGCUUACAAUAAAUUGAAGCAGCAAUCUAGUGCGAAAACUAUGCAAAAUGGACAAUCGGGCGCAGCGAACAACACGAUUAUGCUCAAGCGAGAACGUGACUCCAGUCCGUUGCAAAAUAUAAGUGUUGUGAAUGUCAACGGUAGCAUUGGCGGUGGCCAACAACAUGUCACAAAGUUGGUGGGCCGAAAUGUACAAAACUCUAGUUUUACACCAAAAAGCAUUGCAUCUGUACACUCGCCGCUCAUGCAGAAUACGAGCAAUUCGAUCGGUUCACCGUCGUCGUCUUCAUCCUCAUCGCACUCGUCACCGUCGACUGGUUCCAGUGGUGGCAGUUUUACCGCAGGUCUCAUACCAAUCACAGCCAACAGUAGUUCAGCCAAUACGUCAUCAUCCUCUGCCAGCACUACAACUAUAACAACAAUAUCCGUAAAGCCGCUACAACAGCGCAUUAAGGUGGCGCCAGUAGAGUCUGAGUUUCCCAAGCCUGCAUAUUCAUACUCUUGUCUCAUAGCCAUGGCGUUAAAAAAUUCUCGUAGUGGUUCCUUGCCCGUAUCAGAGAUAUAUAGCUUUAUGUGUGAGCAUUUUCCAUAUUUCCGCACAGCGCCGAGCGGCUGGAAGAAUAGUGUGCGUCAUAACCUCUCAUUGAAUAAAUGCUUCGAGAAGAUUGAAAAACCCGCGACAAAUGGCAAUCAACGCAAAGGCUGCCUAUGGGCAAUGAAUCCGGAUCGCAUUGUGAAGAUGGACGAAGAAGUGCAAAAAUGGUCGCGUAAGGAUCCCAUGGGCAUACGUAACGCAAUGGUGCAUCCGGAUCAUCUAGAUGCAUUAGAGAGGGGUGAAAUGAAACAUGGCAGCUCAGGUGAUUCAGAUAUCGAAUUAGAUAGUCAAUCGGAAAUUGAGGAGACUUCCGAUUUGGAAGAGCAAGAACUCGACGACACCAUUGUGGAUAACAUGUUUGUCGAGGAGGACAUUGAGGAGGACGAAAUGAUGAGUAGCGGUAUAGUGAUAAAUAACUCGGAUGAACUCAGUGAGCCGGGUGAUGUGAGCAUCUGUGGUGCUGGCGAUGAUGUCGUCGUUGGCAUGCAACAAAAUCGAGAUUUUGAUAUAGAGGUGAGUUUGGAGACACACAAAAUAAAAAGAGUGGAGAAGAUGGUGCAAAGAGUGCUUGAGCGUGAGCAGAAGGUCGAAGAUAUUUACGAUGCAAUUGAUAUUGAAGACGAUAAAGAAACGAUGCAUCGGCACUUAACCGUGAAUACUUCCGACAUAAUUGAACUGAGUCCUGCCGAUUUGAACGCUGCUGCGCAAUCGCCGAAGCGUGCCCGCCUCAAUAUAAACUACUCCAUCGGCCCAGCCGGUGAGCUGGAGAAACAAAUUCAACAACACAAACUGCAGCAACAGCAACAACUGGUACUGCAAAAACAGCAGCAAAAACCAAAUCAGAUACAACAACAACACAGUAUCAAACAGUAUAAAGUGCAGCCACAGCAUAUUGUUGUGCAAACGAUAAGGAAUGGUAGCAAAACAACAUCCAUACAGGCGAUCAAUACAGCGACAGGCACCACAAUUGGCAGCGUCAGUGGCGCACUCUCCACCCUGUCACAGAUCAAUGGCGCCAUAUCAAACAAUCGUCGCAAAAUACAAUUAGUCAACCGAAUUGUUUAGAAAACAUGAAUUUAAACAAAUGACUCGACACAAAGAGCCACUCAGGCAUUUGUUCCUAAAGAACAGGUCUCUGGAUACUGAGAACCAAGAAAUAUUCAUCUUAAAUAAUAUAAUAUGAAUAUAUUUAGUAUAACAAUAUGUAACACAAUGUAUACGCCGAUGAACGUAAGCGCUUAGUACUUGUGAUGUUUCGAACAAAAAUGAACAAAUUAUAAUAUCUCCCGGAAAGAACUUGGAAAGCCGUUAGGUUUUGGUUCAACAUUAGUUCAAUUCGUUUUUAAAGCGAAUUUGUUAUAUUUCAAAUAUGUUAUCGCACGAGCGGCGAUGAAAGUAAUUUCCUUCAACUAAGUUUUUAAAAUCGUAUGUGUCAAACACAGUUUUUAUUUUGAUUAACUACAUUUCUUGCUUUGGAAACGAAUUCACUAAUAAUAUUAACAAUACGAAAAUUUGCUUGCAAAUACGCUUAAAAUUUACGUUGCGUUGACUCCGCAUUGUGUUUAUGUGUUCAUAAUGAAUUAAAGGUUAAGUUGAAAACGCAUGGUAUCGAACAUAUUGCUCUAACGGCAAUUAUUGAAAGUUAUUUUAGCAGUGAAAUAAUUGCAUUUUCAAGGCUAUGCAUGCUCGCUUUACAGCUCACGCUCGGUGAAUAUUAAAAAUACAAAAUAUUCAUUAAAUUCCCGUGAGCUUGAAAUCGAUAUAUGUGACCUGGUCUACCAA